CGUCAGUCUCCAUUUUGAGUUCAGCGUGGUGUCUGCGGGUUGGGUUCUGUAGAGUAUCGGUUGAUUGUAGAAGUAAAGAUGCCGGGUGUUGGCAAGGAGGCAGAGCAGCAGAGAAAGCUCUUCAUCGGAGGCCUCGACUACAGAACAACUGACGACGGCCUCAAGGCCUUUUAUGAGCAAUGGGGCAAAAUUGUGGAUGUUAUCGUCAUGAAGGAUCCCAAGACUAGACGGUCUCGCGGGUUUGGCUUCAUCACGUACGAAGACCCGGCCAUGGUGGACGAAGCGAUGGCCAACCGGCCACACGUGAUCGACGGCCGCGAGGUGGAGGCCAAGCGGGCCGUGCCGCGGGACGAUUCAGGCCGCCUCGAGAACAACGUCACCGUGAAGAAGAUCUUCAUCGGAGGCAUUAAGGAGGACGUGCAGGAGGACAACCUGCAGCAGUACUUCGGGGAGUAUGGUGAAAUUGUUUCCGUGAGCAUGCCUAUUGACAAGAACACCGGCAAGAUGCGCGGGUUCGCAUUCAUCGAGUUUAAGGACUACGACUCUGUUGACAAGAUCGUAUUGAAGAAGAACCAUGAGCUGCUGGGCAAGUUCGUGGAUGUGAAGAAGGCGCUGAGCAAGGCGGAGAUGGCCGAACUGGGCGGUGGCGGCCGCGGUGGUCGCGGCGGCUACCGUGGUGGACGCGGCGGCGGAGCCGGGCCGUGGGGUGAAGGUGGCCGCGGUGGCGGCGGCGGACGCAGCUGGGGCCACCAGAACAGCCCGUGGGACAACUCCGGCGGCCAGUGGGGCAACAGCGGCGGCUACGGCGGCGGCGGUGGAGGAUACGGAGGCGGCGGCUACGGCGGCGGGAGCGGCGGCGGCUAUGGCGGUGGCGGCGGCGGCUAUGGCGGUAGCGGCGGCAGCUACGGAGGUGGCGGCGGCUACGGAGGUGGCGGAGGCUACCAGGGUGGUCAGGGUGGCGGUGGUGGCUACGGAGGCGGUUACAAUAGUGGCGGUGGCGGCGGCGGAUACGACUACAAUGGCGGUGGCGGCGGCGGCGGCAGCUGGGGCGGCGGCGGCGGCGGCGGCUACGGCGGCCAGCCGUAUGGUGGCGGCGGUGGCGGUGGCCCGAUGAAGAGCUUUAACCAGACGCCCCGUUCGUCGCCCUACAAUUCCGCACAGCGCGGCGGCGGCGGCGGCGGCGGAUACGGCGGUGGCCAGGGAGGGUACAACCGAUUCUGAGCCGCGCCGCCACCACCGCCCGCCCGCCGUCGCGUAAGUGGCCACCGGGGACGGGGCCACGACAGGGCUCCAGCCCACCCCGUGCGGCGGCCGGGCGGCACCUCUGUGUAACGCCACAUGUGACGGCUUCUGCUGCAUUUCAUAACCGGGCGGCUGGCGCUCGUUGAUCGGUCACGCGGUAAUGGACAACAGGAAUCGUUGCUCAUUCUGAUUUUGCUUUGCUUUGUGUCGGAAGCUGAUCAGAGGCCACUCGUGUCAUCGCUGUGUAACCAGUAUGCUCUGUCUGUUUUAGGUGGGGUUAUUUGUAUUUGGUUGUCAGGAGAAGGGAGGAGCCUAGGUAGCCGCUAGGAGGCCGGGAGGCUAGCGAUAGGGCGCGCCCCGCCCCGUGGCCCGGUCGCGCGGUUCGAGUGCUCUCACAGUGGAGCGGCGCGCGCCGGCCGCUGUCCGGCAGGACGGCGCGUGCGCGCGCCCGGCCGGCCGCCGCUCCUGUACAAACUGUCAGAAUACACGACGAUCACUAAG